CCGCGCCCAACCCCCGCUCCCCGCCGCCCGGCCCCUAUGGCAGCCGCUCCCCGCCCCGCCGCCGCCCCCCGCAGCCCCGCGCCGCCCCGCCGGGCUCCGCCGCUCGCCGCUCGCUGAGCCGCGCUGCGCCGCCGGCCGGGGCCCCGGGAUGCCCAGCGGUUCCCGGCGCCCCGGGGGCUCGGCGGAGAGUUGAGGGGAGGGAGUCAUGGUGCUCUGCGAGCCCUCCGCGCCCCGGCAGUGCGGCGGCUGGACGCUGUGCGACUGCUGCUGCUGGCUGCUGCUGCCCGCAGCGCUGCUGCUGCUGCUCGCCCGCCCCGACAAGCUGGCGGCCUUCCCUACCUCCCUGAGCGACUGCCAGACGCCCACCGGCUGGAACUGCUCCGGUUACGAUGACAGAGAAAACGAUCUGUUUCUCUGCGACACCAACACCUGUAAAUUCGAUGGGGAGUGUUUGAGGAUCGGAGACAGCGUGACUUGCGUCUGUCAGUUCAAGUGCAACAAUGACUACGUGCCCGUCUGUGGCUCCAAUGGUGACACCUACCAGAACGAGUGCUACCUGAAGCAGGCUGCCUGCAAGCAGCAGAGCGAGAUACUGCUCGUCUCCGAAGGAUCGUGUGCAACCGAUGCCGGCUCAGGAUCUGGGGAUGGAGUCAAUGAAGGCUCAGGUGAAACCAAUCAAAAAGAGACAUCGACCUGUGACAUUUGCCAGUUCGGGGCAGAGUGUGACGAAGAUGCAGAGGACGUUUGGUGUGUGUGCAACAUCGACUGUUCUCAAACCAACUUCAAUCCUCUUUGUGCUUCCGAUGGGAAAUCUUAUGAUAAUGCAUGUCAAAUCAAAGAGGCAUCAUGCCAGAAACAGGAGAAAAUUGAAGUCAUGUCUUUGGGUCGAUGUCAAGACAAUACUACAACAACUACGAAAUCUGAAGACGGGCAUUACGCACGGACAGAUUAUGCAGAGAAUGCCAACAAAUUGGAAGAGAGCGCCCGAGGGAUCUACAUCCCCUGUCCAGAGCACUACAAUGGCUUCUGCAUGCACGGCAAGUGCGAGCACUCCACCAACAUGCUGGAGCCGUCCUGCAGAUGUGAUGCCGGCUAUACUGGACAACACUGUGAAAAAAAGGACUACAGCGUUUUAUAUGUGGUUCCAGGUCCGGUACGAUUUCAGUAUGUCUUAAUAGCAGCUGUGAUUGGAACUAUCCAGAUUGCUAUCAUCUGUGUUGUAGUCCUCUGUAUUACAAGGAAAUGUCCCAGGAGCAACAGAAUCCACAGGCAGAAGCAGAACACGGGGCACUACAGUUCAGACAAUACGACGAGAGCAUCGACAAGUUCUAGUGGCAAUUUUGAGUCUACUGAACUCAGUAGUAGGGUUUUGAGUUGGUCCAAGAUCAGCGACAAUUAUGGAUGUGGGAAAGGUGAAGAAUAAUUUAACCUACAUUGAGGAGGGAUAAAAUAUUUCAAAUCCGGACUCAACUACAUUUCAUCAGCUGCUUUCUCCCAUACCAUCUAUCUUUACUCUCCCAUAGCUUAGGAUGUCCUCGCCUUCUAAAUUAAGUCCCAGCUGAAGGGGAAAUGGAAAUUGUUGGUGACUGUUAUGGGAGUGACAGGGGUAAUUGUCUCCAUCUGGGAGGGAUUAGGCAUCUGACAAGGUGAACCCCAAGAACGUGCAUUGCAGCAUCUCCAACUGGUCUCUGGAGCGAGUGAAAAUUGCUUCCUACUGUUGAUUGAAAAUUAUCAGGUUAAAUAAGUUAAUAACAUAAUAAUAACAGCUGAAAUGCCAGCACAGUUUGUACCUCAUGAACAUGCUGAUAUAAUUUAUUUUUUCAAAGAGAAGGUGAAAACCACUCAGAAAACACCUUAUGAAUAACUUAAUGGGUGACCCUACUCCAUUAAAUGUAAUGAACUCCAAUGUUGUCUAUACCUUGAGUAAACAAGGGCGUGUGUUUUGUCACAUCCACAUCGUGGACAAGGCGCAAAGGUAUUUGUAUGGUACUUCAAAAUCUCCAAAACCCUUCUGAGAAGCAAAUACUGCUCUAGCUUGUGCUCUGAAUGUUGAAGGCAGAGUGAUACUGAAGGGCAGCGAGUGGUCACUCGACUCGUGCUGGAUAGCAUCCUCUGCUGACAGACUGCUGGAUUAAUAACAUAAUUGAUCUAAGAAGCAACUUGCAGUUUGUUGUGCCUCUUCUCCCAAAGAGGCUUUGCGUGAACAAAAGCUGCUCUUGCCAGAAGUUAGGGGUCCCUGUUUUUUGCCCUCGUCAUUUAGGUCUCUGUUGGGCCUGGGGUUACUCAGGAUGCUGGUUCCUGAGUGUGUUUCCAUCUCCUGCCUUCAGCAUUAGCCGGUUCGCUCACAGCAGUUGCCACCGGCCCCACCAGUGACAGCCCACCCCUUCUGGCACCCAGACAUGGGAGAAGCGCUAUUUCUACUCUUUAAUGUGGCUUUUGGUUCCCCCACCCCAGUCUGCUUUAAAGUGAAUCCAUUGCAUGAUGUUCACACGCUCUCAGCUUUUGUCUUGUUCCGGGUUUCUUGAAUUUUUAAAGGUAAUAAAAGGCAAUUGGCAAGA